AUGUUGAGAGCCGUCCAAGGGAGAGCCCUCCACACCACACGACAGGCGGCGAAAAGCUUGCCCCUGUCGUCGCUGAUGAAGUCGGACAAGCUGUGGGGGAACGACGCCCCCAAGUCCCGCUCGCUGGACCUUUUCCGCUUGGCCCAGCUGAUCGAAGAAAAAGCGCCCCCGCUCGAAAUCGCCCCUAAAUUCCUGAAGAAGUUCCUGGUUGGGCAAGCGAUCGACCCGUUCGACUUCUCGAUGCACCGGGUCAACAUGGAUAACAAGCAGGCCCAGCUCCGGCGCCAGAAGAAGGAGGACCCCUUCGACACCUUGGGGCUCGACCCACUGACGUUGUACACGAUGCCCGAGGUGUUGUCGAUGUUCUUGCUGUCGACGGGUCAAAUCUUGCCCCGGGCGGUCACCGGCUGUCUGGCGGCGAACCAGAAGAAGUUGAGUAACGCCAUCAAGACGGCGCGGGCGUGUGGGUUGUUGUCGCUGACUCACCGCCACAUCUCCGAGCUCCCCCUGCGUAACAUUUAA